AAACAAGAAAAGCUCUCUCAAACCUAUCUGAAGACUCCAGGCUCAAAAACCAGACGUCUACUUUUCCAGAAUCAGGUCUCUGGUGGACCAGCGAAAGGUAACCGUCCCUCCCUCCCUCCUCUCCCCCCCCCCCCUCCCUCCUGAACAUUCACCAACGUCUGGGAUCCACAUCUAAACACUCAAGAAACACCCUUGAGAUCGGUCAUCAAAUUGCCAACGAUUUGUGAAGCUCUCAACGACGACCAAGAGGGAUUAAUUACGCAUGCCAUAAUAUAACCACGGAGGGCCUGAGCGGCUGUUGAGUUAAAACUGGCAAUGUAUCGGAAUAUCAAUCCUCAGCGGGAGGUGGUUUGCUUCCUCCUCUUCUUCUUCUUCUUGCUUCUUUGCGGACAGCAGUUGGCCCAAGCUGCAGUAACCCCUGGAGCCCUUGGAACCACAGUUGCUCCGGCGAUCCAAGCCCCGCGGCAAAGGGCCUGUUUUUGCAAAAUAACAAGAUCUCCUACAUACACCCCAACGCUUUCAGAAAUCUGUAUAAACUUCGGACACUAAUUUUAGAAAAUAAUCAACUGACCUCACUGGGUGAUGGACUGACAUAUCAACACCUUCCAUCUCUGCAACGCCUGAGUUUUCAAAGAAAUUAUAUAACAACUGUGAACAAGUACUCCUUCAUAACUUCAUUUUCCACUGCCUCGACCUCAGUGGAUUUUAAAUUCAACUCCAAUGCUAUAAACUGUGACUGUAACAUCAAAGGUUUGGCAGCCUGGAAAACUGUGGCAGAACAAUCUGGAACAAACAUCAACAUUCAAGAGCUACGUUGUCAAAAUGAUCCACAGAAUAGACUGUAUUCAAAUGUUGAUAAUACAGUGUUUGGCAAUUGCCAAGAUGAUUCUAGUGAAGACCAAGCAGUGAAAAGUGAGGAGAGUGAUGAAGGUUUUGACGACGAGGUUGAAAUCUAUAAUGGUGGUCCACGAGGCAAAAACAAAAGCAAGAAUGAAAACAAGAGAACUAUAAAGAGUAAAGGAAGGAAAAAUCGUGUUAUAGGUAGAAUUGUCAGAGCUCAGAGUUUUGGUAACUUUACCAGGAUGGAAAAAAAUGAACAAGUAAGAGAGCAGAAAGUAGCUCAAAAUGGAAGAACCAAAAGAAAGAAGAAAAAUAGAGAUAGAAAGAAGGACGUAGACAUGGAUUCACAAGAAGAGAGCAGCGAGGAGCACAGCAGUGAAGAGGAGAGCAGUGAAGAGGAGACUGGUGGUUCUGCCAAUAUCUUCAGUGACGGUUCAGAGUGCUACAGCUGUAACAAAGCAAGCACCAAUUAUGGCUGUAAACAACAAUCACAAGGGAAACAGCCUUGCAUAGGCAUUCCAGAGAUGGUGUGUGUGAAAUCUGUGUCUUGGAGAGAGAAAAGUAAAACAAUGGCAAUAUCAAGCCGGUGUGUCCCCUACACUAUGUGCUUGAGCAUGGUGGCAAACAAUGAAGGCACCUGUGGAUUAGACUACCAGACUUCCCUGGAUGUAGACUGCUCGUUUUGCUGCAUCGGUCCCACCUGCGAUGGAGAUAACAGUAUAGGAGGUCGAACCACUGAUUACUCCUUCAAUCUUGUGUAUGUGAGAGUCAAUGCUCCAUUCGAACCUUACAUGAAGGACACAAACUCUCAGCAGUACGCAGAGGAGGAACUGCGCAUUAAAACUGGAAUAUUGAGAGACAUAACGAGUCAAGUGAAAGGAGGAUUUGAUGUUUAUGUGUUGCGAUAUGAACCUGAAGAAAAUCGUUCUCACAAAGUUGUGCUUCAGAUCGAAGUCACCGUAUUCAACACUGAGUCUCCUAAUGUUGUCAAGAGCAUGCUACAAACACACAUUGAGCAGAGCAAUGCAUCUCCUAAUGGAUUUUUACGGAAGGAAAACAUCAAUGGGCAGUCCAUGCACUUUGGCCCCACCUUCACAGGUUCUGAACAGUGCCAGAGAGAGGUGACAAACACAAGCAAAGGCAGCUUCUCCUGGCCCAUCACUAAUCCAGGCACCAUCACCAAUCUGAUCUGUCCUUAUCAGAAUCCUCAAAGCUCUGAAGUGGAAAUUGCUACCAGAGCAUGCUUGUUCAACAGUAACCAGGACGGGGUGUGGCAGGUUGCGGACGAGUCCCAAUGUCUAGAGGCUCCCAGUACUGUCAUCUCUCUUGACGACCUGGAAAACAGGCCCAUCACUCAAGGCACUGCAGACGCAGUUUCUCAGGACUUACUAGACUUUGUUAAAGAUCGCGAGAGCUUCUCGCCCGCACAGAUGAACAAAGUGGUCAACAUUCUUGAAUCACUGACCAGAGAUGAUGUCAUCGUGCAGCCAGGCAUCGCUAACAAUGUGGUUGAGACAAUGGAUGUUCUCAUCUCUGCUGAUGAAGAUGAGCUGAAGAAUGCUGAAAAGGAAAAGUCUACUUCAAAAAGACUUCUUGGCGUCAUUGACAAGGUUGGAGAAAAGGCUCCACUAAGUAACGGAAAGCUGAAGAUUGUAUCCUCAAAUCUGGCAGUGGCUGCUCAAGGUGUAAAUAGACAGGAGCGUCGGAGCCUUCUAUUCUCAACGGGAGCCAAAUCGGGGGAUGACCUGAAAUCAAAUGAUGUUGAUGUAAAAUUUGUAAGCCCUACUGGUAAUGCAGUCAUAGAUGAGGAAGGAGCCCAGAUUGUUUUCCCCACUGAGAAAGUUCUGUCUCAACAAGGAAACGUGGAACGGGUGGCAUUUGCUGCUCACAAAUCGGAAAAGCUCUUUGCUUCAAUAGAUGGCAAAAAUGAAGGAACUACUAAAACUGUGGCAUCUGUGAACGCGGCGGGUGAAAAGGAGACAAUCACAUAUAUUGAGAAGGUCAACAGUCAAGUGGUCUCUGCCAGCAUACCUGGGGUCAAGUCUUUAUCUCUGCCGGAGAAUGUCACUUUGACUUUUGAACACAAUGCUGAGAAUGCGACAAAUCCUCGGUGUGUGUUCUGGGAUGAGGACCUUACUGAAGAUGGUGGAGGCUGGUCCGACGAAGGCUGUAGCGUUGUCGAGGCAACGGAUGGCCACACUAUGUGUAGCUGCAAUCACCUUACUAACUUUGCCUUGCUCAUGGAUGUUUACCAAGAGGGUUCCAACCUCAGUGAUCUGGACAAAAAAGUUCUAUCCAUCAUCUCCUACAUAGGCUGUGGAGUGUCGCUGUUUGCCCUGUUGUUAACCCUUAUAACCUACAGCAUGUUCAACCAAGGGACACGUUACAAUUUAUCUGACCAGACGUUGACGACGAGAAAACUGAGACGUGACAACCCAUCCAAAAUUUUGGUGAACCUGUGUCUGGCACUGCUCUUCUCUAACCUUGUUUUCCUGGUGGGCAUGCAGGACUACACAUUCGACAGUGAAAUUGCUUGCAAGAUUGUUGCUGUUUUACUGCACUACUUCCUAUUGUCUUCUUUGACAUGGAUGGCUGUGGAAGCGUUUUACAUGUACCUAGCUUUGGUGCUGGUGUUCAAGACUUACUUCACCAGGUUUAUCCUCAAGUGUGCCCUAGUGGGCUGGGGUAUUCCCUUAGUGGUGGUUGCUAUCACGCUGGGCAUCGACAAGACCAACAACUAUGGCUUUGUUAACACUGGACUGUGCUGGCUUCGAAAUCCAGCUUUCUAUGCAGCUUUUGUGGGCCCAGUAUGCCUGAUUUUACUGCUGAACUGUGCUGCAUUCGCCCUGGUCAUAAGGCAGCUGAGAUCCAGCUCAAAGUUAAAUAAAACAGACAGAAACAGCACUGUCCAACGUCUCAGAGGUGCUAUUGGAGUGGUCAUCCUUUUGGGUCUGACGUGGAUUUUUGCCAUCUUCGCCAUCGACCGAGCUAGUGUUGUGUUUUACUACCUGUUUGCCAUUUUCAAUUCUUUACAGGGUUUGUUCAUCUUCAUCUUCUACUGCCUCUUGAAGAAGGAUGCAGUUGCAGCAUGGAAACGGAGCCUGCCUUGUUGUGAAGACUAUGGUGACCAAAGUAAAACUUCUUCCAACAGCCGAGUUCCAGGCGUAACGAAGAAGCAGACAGCGGUCACCACGACCAGAGCAAGCCCCCACACUAACAAAAACGCAAAACAUUCGGACAACUCUGUCGAUGACAGCUCAAUGACAGCCUCAACCUCUAUGACUGGUAGCAGAGAAUACUCUGUCGCGUCCAUAAAUGAAGAUGAUAGUAAUGGUCUGUAUAGCACCCUCAAUGAACCAGGCACUGUUACUGCAGACACAGAAAGGGGACAAGUGAGUUUCACACCAGCCCAGAGAGGCCAAGAUAAUCCGACUUUCUACAGCAAUGUGUACGACAAUGAACCAAAGUCACAGCAGAAGGCUCAACCAGGCGGCCCAGCAUAUUCGUCUGUCUCCACCUCUUCAAACCCAAAUUCACCUAUAAAAUUAGGCGAGGGAGAAGUGGACAGUCGAAAUACAGCGAGUGUGAGUGACAUCAGGCUCAGGUUCGAAAAAUCUACUUGAGACCCCUAGGGACAUUGAGUUACCAGAGUGUAGUGUUCAAUAUUUGCCUUUGUUUCCAGGUGAAAUGCUGAUAAUAAUUUAUUGUUUGUGAAAACCUUAAUAAUAGUGCCUGCCCUUUUAAUUUACACCGUUUUAUGACAAUAACUGGCAAUGUGGUUUUUAAAGAGAAAUAGUGGCCUACUUUUGUUUAGAUGGAAACAUUGCCAGCUGUCAGCUUAAAGAUGAUUUUAUUUGAGUUUUACAGUAUACAGCUUCGCUUUGUUCAGAUUUUUAAUUCUGUUGAUCAAGAAUUCCAUGUAUGCUCUUUUAACUUUUUUGUUUAUUUUUUUUUUGUCAAUGAAAAAAAUUUGUGAAAAGUUCAGGAAUGAUACGACUGUUGUCUCAAGCCUGAGAUCUUGACACCUUUGGUCCAACCAGUCAUAUAGGACAGCAUUUUUACUCCAUGCAUAUAUAUAUAUAUAUCCUCAGCAUCGUUCUACAAGCACUGAUUCAUUUUUUGAAGUUUGAAAAAAUGUGCGAAAGAGGGUACCCAAAUUAGAUCUAUGCCUUGAGCACUCUUUAUUGUUCAAA